AUGGGGAGGAGGUUCCCGAAUAUUUUGAUUACGGGGACUCCUUGCACUGGGAAAACCGCCCUUUGCGAGCAACUGGUUGAUGUUUUCCCAUCAUCUGAAAAUACUCUAGGAUUUGUUCACGUGAACGUCUCUCAAUUAGUGAAGGACAAUCAGCUUUAUACGGAGUGGGAUGACAAUCUAAAUGUUCCAAUUUUUGAUGAUGAUCUAUUGGUGAACCAUCUUGAUCCUCUCAUGGAAUCUGAUAGGGGAGGUUUAUUGAUAGAUUUUCAUUCAGGAGAAUUGUUCCCAUCCGAAUGGUUCGAUUUGAUUAUUGUUCUCCGUGCGGAGACGCACACCCUUUUUGAUCGCUUGAAAGACAGAGGAUACUCAGAGUCCAAAAUUAACGAAAAUAUGGAAGCAGAGAUCUUUCAAAUAGUUUUAGAUUCUGCCCGAGAGGCUUUUGAUGGAAAGGUUGAAGUCUGGGUCUUUCCAAGCAAUUCAAUCGAGGAACAAAAUCAAAUAAUCGAUGGAUUAAAGACCGCAGUGCAACAAUUCACAUCGAAAGCUACAGGAACAUGA